AUCGCGUCGUUGCGUGUCCUUAUUGACUGCCGACAGUGAAGCUUCUGUUGCGACUGUCAUCGAAUCUGCCACAGAACCAGAGCAAGACGAAGCUUCUCGAGUGCUGGAACGCUUCACCAUCUGCUACGUUGUUGCUCAAGUCCAAAACGCUGAGGCGUCCCGUUGCCCAACAUGAAUCUUUUCAGACUUCUGGGAGAUCUCUCCCAUCUGGUCUCAAUUGCGAUAUUAUUACAUAAAAUGCACCAAACGAACUCGUGUUCAGGCAUUUCCUUCAAGUCGCAAGCUCUUUACUUCAUCGUCUACGUAACGCGCUACCUCGAUCUCCUCUGGACCUUCACCGACAGCGCCUACAAUACCACAUUCAAGAUCAUGUUCCUCCUGUCUUCUGGUUAUACCAUCUACAUGAUGACGACAGCCUACAAACCUACCCACGAUCCAAACCUCGAUACAUUCCGAGUCCAGUAUCUUCUCGGGGGCUCGCUAGUCCUGGCGGUCAUUUUCCCAUACAAGUACACGCCAUACGAAAUACUAUGGGCGUUUUCAAUCUGGUUAGAAUCUGUCGCAAUUCUGCCUCAGCUUUUCUUGCUGCAAAGGACGGGAGAGGCGGAGACAAUUACCACACAUUAUCUAUUCGCUCUGGGACUGUACAGAACGCUGUACAUCCCCAAUUGGAUCUACAGGUACUUUGUGGAGUCUCAUUGGGACUGGAUCUCGGUGUUGGCUGGUAUUGUACAGACGGUGCUGUAUUCGGAUUUCUUUUGGAUCUACUACACGAAGGUAUUGAAGGGAAAGAAGUUCGCGCUGCCAGUCUAGAGGUUUCGUCGAGGAUGAGAGAAAGGAUUGAGGUACCUGCGAACAGAGGAGUGGAGGAGACAACGAAAGGUUUGACGAGACGAAUUUUACGGAGAUUGAUUCCCAAGGGCCAGUUCCCAGGAUGAAGGUUAAGAUACAGUGCAUUUGGACGGCGUUGGCGGGUCGGACCUCGAUCCGAUGGAUGAGUCGUUUAUUCUUCCAUCACUGUUUAUUGUACAGUAUGUAACAUGCAUAGAUUUCACAGCCACUCGCGUUCCAAGUCUGAUGAAGGCAUACGUUGAUCAAAAGCUAGCCUCUCAUCUUAUUUUUGCAUUCUUUGUAUUGUACUACUACCCAUAUAUACACGACCAACACCUCAUGCAGCAAGACAAGGAAACUCAAAAUACAAGAUCACGACCCGUAAGCA